CAGCCGAACUCAACACAAUGAGACGUGAAACACAAUCUAUAGUGCCACUGCACUGAAAUUUGAUGCCAUAACUCGAUGCCAUUAUGGAGGUUUUGACGUUGUUGGAACUGUACAGUGUUAUUAAACUUCUCAUGAGCCUAAGCCCUCUCUCUCUCUCUCUCUCUCUCUCUCUCUCCAUCCAUCUCUCCGGCCUCUUCCAUUUAUUAUUUAAGUUCAUCUCCCCUCCUUUCGCAUCUAAAUUUCAUCAUUUAGCCACAUUACACCAUUUGCCAUCAUCUCUCCCUCUCUCCCCCCUCUACUCAGCUUCUCAAGGACGAAGAAGACCCAUCAACCAAAGAGAUGAGAGACUUCUUGAAGCAUGGCUGCUGGUGCUGCUUCUGCUUAUUAGCGGUGGCUCUGCUCGUUGAGGUCCCACACUCCGUUCCAGGGGUCCAGGGACAGCCUCUGGUACCGGCGCUAUGCAUAUUCGGGGACUCUGUCGUGGAUGUGGGCAACAACAACCGCCUCCUCACACUCGUCAAGGCCAACUUCCCUCCGUACGGCCGGGACUUCGUUACGCACCAACCCACCGGCCGCUUCUGCAACGGCAAGCUCGCUACGGACUUCACUGCUGAGUUCCUGGGGUUUACCUCGUACCAACCGGCUUACCUGAGCCAAGAUGCCACCGGGAAGAACCUACUGAUCGGAGCCAACUUCGCCUCGGGCGCUUCUGGGUUUUAUGAUGGCACUGCUCAGACAUAUGGAGCAAUCUCAUUGCCGCAGCAGCUCAACAACUACAAGGAGUGGCAGGGCAAGGUGGCGAGCAUAGUGGGGAGGAAGAAGGCUAAUGCCACCUUCUCAGGCGCGAUCCACCUCCUGAGCGCCGGCAGCAGUGACUUCAUUCAGAACUACUACGUCAACCCCCUCCUAAACCGAGCCUACUCCGUCGAUCAGUUCUCCGACACUCUCCUCCGAUCUUACUCUAAUUUCAUCCUAAAUUUGUAUGGACUCGGAGCAAGGAAGGUCGGGGUGACAAGUCUGCCUCCACUGGGAUGUCUGCCUGCAGCAAUCACACUCUUUGGGUUGGGAAGCAAUCAGUGCAUCGCAAGAUUAAAUCAAGACGCGGUCUCGUUCAAUAAUAAGCUCAACAGCAUAUCUCAGAGCUUAAAGGCUAAGCUAUCCGGUCUCAAACUUGUCAUCUUCGAUAUAUACCAGCCUCUUCUCGAUAUGGUCACAAAACCUGCUGAUAACGGUUUCUUUGAGUCGAGGAGAGCUUGUUGUGGAACCGGGACCAUAGAAACAUCAUUGCUUUGCAACUCAGCAUCUAUAGGGACGUGCUCAAAUGCUACAGGAUAUGUCUUUUGGGAUGGCUUUCACCCUUCCGAAGCAGCUAACAUGGUCUUGGCAGGAGAUCUACUGGGGCAGGGGUUUGACCUUAUAUCUUAGCUAUCCCUGUGGUAGCUGAAGUAGUUUCUUGGGUUCGAGUACGUCCUAUCUGUAUGAUGUCUUAUGAGUACAUGAAUGUUCCGGUUCUAUUGCAAGAGUUUAUUCAUGAUGGAAUGAGCGAUAGAUACGAAGAGGGAACGGAGUGCUAAUCUCCUACAAUAGAAUAGAAGCUUCUCUAAGCCAUCCUAUCUAUGUAAGAUGAUUAAUACUGUCUCAGUUAUUUACUCAGAUUACUGAUCAUUCAGUCCAAAGAAUAUAUUCUUAUGAUCAGACUACUAUAUCA